AUGAUCCGCAACGCUACCAAGACAACGGUUUUGCGUGCACUUCGCACUCGUGCUGUCUCUCGCGGCUAUGCCUCGCUAGCCGAGAAGACCUUCCCCAACGAGCCCACAGCUCCGGCAGUGGCUACGGCUAUUCCUGGUCCCACUGGCAAAGAGAAAAUUGCUGCUUUGAACAAGGUCUUUGAUUCCGCUGCCACGACCUUCAUGGUCGAUUACGAGAAGUCCAACGGCAACUACAUUGUUGAUGCCGACGGAAACACUCUCCUCGAUUGCUACGCCCAGAUCGCCUCGAUUCCUCUUGGCUACAACAACCCCACCCUCAUUGAGGCUGCCAAGGACUCCAAGACUAUCAGUGCUCUGGUCAACCGCCCUGCUAGCGGCAAUUUCCCCUCUACCAACUACGCCGAGCAGAUCUCCGGUCUCCUCAAGUACGCUCCCAAGGGCAUGACUGAGGUGUGGCCCGGUCUUUCUGGCUCCGACGCCAACGAGCUCGCUUUCAAGGCUGCCUUCAUCUACCAGGCUGCCAAGAAGCGUGGUAACGCCGACUUCACUCCCGAGGAGCUUGAGUCUUGCAUGCGUAACGAAGCUCCUGGCUCCAAGCCGUUUGCUAUCAUGUCUUUCGAGACUGCCUUCCACGGCCGCUUGAUGGCUUCGCUUUCGUGCACUCGCUCAAAGCCUAUCCACAAGCUUGAUAUCCCCGCCUUCCACUGGCCCAAGGCUCCGUUCCCUCAACUCAAGUACCCCCUUGACCAGAACGUCGAGUACAACACUGCCGAGGAGAAGCGCUGCCUUGAGGAGGUCGAGAAGCUCAUCAAGGGCUGGGAGUCUCCUGUUGCUGCCGUGAUCGUCGAGCCUAUUCAGUCCGAGGGUGGUGACAACCACGCAUCCCCCAACUUCUUCAAGGGUCUUCGCGACGUCACCAAGAAGCACGGUGUUUUGCUCAUCGUUGACGAGGUCCAGACUGGUGUCGGUGCCACCGGCAAGAUGUGGGCCCACGAGCACUGGGGACUCGACGGCGAUGGCUUGCCUGAUUUGGUCACCUUCUCCAAGAAGGCCCAGUCUGCCGGCUACUUCUUCCGUGAUCCCGCAAUCCGCCCCACUCUGGCCUACCGCCAGUUCAACACCUGGUGCGGUGAUCCCGCCCACAUCAUGAUCACCAAUGCCAUUUUCCGCGAGGUCGCUGAGAACAACUUGCCCGCCAAGGCCCAGGAGGUUGGUGAUUACCUCUACAAGGGUCUCACUGCCAUCCAGUCCGAGACCGGCAAGAUCUCUCGCGUCCGCGGCAAGGGCCAGGGCACUUUCAUCGCCUUUGACUUGGCCUCCGGCGCUCAGCGUGAUCAGUUCGUCGUCAACAUGCGCUCUCUCGGUGUUUUGGUCGGCGGCACCGGUGCUCAGGGUAUCCGUCUGCGUCCCGGCUUGCUCUUCGAGGAGAAGCAUGCCAAGAUCUUCUUGGACACUGUCAAGAAGGCUCUCGAGCAGUCCAAGGCUUAA